AUUCAGGGUGCGAGAACAUGCUGGGAACGUUUACCUCUCCAAAUCCAUCUUUUCUUAACGAACUCAGCAAUUGUCAUGUCGAAAAGAACUGCGGAAGAUACUCAAGACAUAGAAGCCAAAAAUGGUCCUGGAAGACGCGAGGUUGUCUCGGAUUCCAUGGAUACAGAAAUGGGUAACUUUGAGGACGCGUACGAAGACGAAUUUGAAAGUGAGGAUGAGUACUUAGAAGCUGAUGGAAACGAAGACAAUGAAAUGGAAGCAGCUGAAGGUGAGGAAGAUGCUGCAGCUGCAAAGUCUGCCUGGUUACCUGGUGGUGUCAUAAACGAAGGCGAACAAUUGGUCGUAGACCCUAGUGCUUAUGAUAUGCUUCACAACAUGCAAGUGAAAUGGCCGUUUUUGAGUUUGGACAUCCUCCAUGAUUCGCUUGGUGAAGAGCGUCGAGCUUGGCCUCAAGAGAUGUACUUGGCUGGAGGCUCGCAAGCACUCAACAACGAAAACGAAGUUACUGUUAUGAAAGUCAGUCAGCUUUGCAAAACCAAGAAUGAUGCCGAAGACGAAGAGGACUCUGAUAACUCGGAUGUUGAAGAAGAUCCUAUUUUGGAGCAUCGGUCUAUUCCCACCAAGGGCGCUUGCAACCGCAUUCGAGCUUCUCCUGUUUCAUCUAGGGAUCCUCAAAAGAAAAACUUUAUGGCUUCUUUCCAAGAAACAGGCAAAGUCCAUAUUUGGGAUAUCGCUCCUCAUCUCCAAUCGCUCGUCAGCCCUGGCAAUGUGGUUUCCCGCAAUCAAAACAACCCUGUUUACACUGUGAAUCAACACAAGACAGAAGGUUAUGCUUUAGACUGGUCACCUUUCGAAUAUUCCUUACUUUCAGGAGACAACGCCAAUGAAAUUUAUUUGACUCGUGCUACAAAUAGUGGAUGGCAGACAGAAUCAUCUCCCUUUUUGGAUCACACUGCAAGUGUGGAAGACAUCCAAUGGUCCCCUAAUGAAAAGACUGUGUUUUCCAGCUGUAGUUGUGAUGGUACUUUCCGUAUUUGGGAUGUCCGAAAUCAAAAGAAGAAUUCUGCCUUAACUGUUAAUGCCCACCCUGGCGUUGACGUUAAUGUUUUGAGUUGGAACUCGCGUGUGCCUUACCUGAUGGCCACUGGUGCUGACAAUGGUGUCUUCAAUGUAUGGGAUCUCCGCUCUUUGAAAUCUUCAUCAGCUGUCGCCACGCCUGUCGCAUCCUUUAAAUGGCAUCAGGCAGCUGUCACUAGUAUCGAGUGGCAUCCAAAAGAAGAAUCUGUAAUUGCUGUUGCUGGUGCUGAUGACCAGCUUUCGCUCUGGGAUCUUUCUGUUGAAUUGGAUCCUGAAGAACAAGCUAGCCGUGCUGCUGAAGGCCUUCAAGAUGUGCCUCCUCAACUUAUGUUUGUCCAUAUGGGACAAUCAGCCAUUAAAGAGCUUCAUUGGCACAAACAGAUUCCUGGUACCAUUGUUUCUACUGCUCAAACGGGUCUGAACGUCUUCAAGACGAUUACUUUUUAAAACUUCAUGGAAAUGAGUAAAGCAAGUAUUUGUAAAUAUUAUAAAUCUACGUCUUGUUUCGAUACCAUGAUGGGAGAUGUUUGAUACUGUGCAUUUUAUUUCCUUAUUUUCUUUUCUCUAUCGUUGCAAAUUUUUGGGUUUUUGGCUUAUUAUUGGUUGGACAUUUCAAUAAAAUGGAUUUUCAGUAACACGGUUCUCUUUAAUGGUUUAGUUUUUGGAUAAUAAUAAAAAAAAAAAGAGAAAGUGAGACAGCUUUCUAUGGAAAGAGUAAAAUGCAGUGUAUAACGCUGCAAAACCUUGAACCUUUCUAGUUAUCUAUAUGAAUAAUAAAAAAGGC